UGGAAAAGUUCGUACCGAACGCGAAGGAAAUGGAGGAACAGCAAAGAGGCAGGGAAUGGGAGAAGGAAGGCGAGGGGAGGGCCGCUGCCCAACCGCCGCACAUCUCCGAGAUGAAGCCCGUCACCCAUGAGGCCUACGGCGGAGGGCUUUACGGCACCGACGACAAGGGGGAGGCGGAGAGGAAGCCGGAGGGUCUGCGGGCCAGCGAGACACAGAGUGCGGAUGGGCCGCCGGACCCUGUUCCCGCGCCCAAGCACAAGCCCCCACCGUCCACCGGCGACCGCGACGUGGAUAUCACCGGCCAGGCUUAUAUCCAGUAGUCAAUAAUGGCUUUUGUUUUGUUUUUCUUUCUUAUGUUCUGGU